AAGGCAUUUGCCAGUUACCUUUACCCGUCAGUCUGGUCCGUCCCUCUCCCGCCAAAGUGAGAGGGAGAGAGAGCUGAUGGACUUUCCGGCGACCAAGUUGACAUAUUUGGUUGAAUGUGGACACCGUACUCGACUGCCUCCAUCAUCGCCUAUUUCAUGGAGGAAGAUCGGUCAGUUAUGGUCUUGGAAUCGACCAUCUUCCAUCCUCAAGGAGGCGGACGGCCGUCCGACACGGGCUUUAUCUCAGACGCGAGCGGCGAGUUCAAAUUCAGAGUGCAAGACGUCAUAUCGAGGAACGGAGUGGAUGUUCAUUUUGGAUGCUUCGAUCCUCCACAUCCCGGAGGUUCUUUGGCUCUUGACAAGGGACGGGGAGCUACUCUGCACGUAGGUGGCGAGCGGCGUGAGCUCAAUUCAAGGUUGCAUUAUGCUGGGCAUUUGUUGGAUAUUUGCAUGCGCAACGUUGGCCUCUCGCAUUUAGAACCUGGGAAAGGCAACCAUUUCUCUGAUGGGUCCUUUGUGGAAUAUAAAGGUGUAAUCCCACAAGAAUUACAAAAAUGGGCUAUAGAAUUGGAAGAUGAAGCCAACAGAUUGAUCUCUAUUGGUGGUAAGAUGAACACCCCAAGAAUUGUGACAUUAGGGAAUAAUCUUGGAUGCCCUUGUGGAGGGACCCAUGUUGCUAAUAUUUCAGAUAUCAAGAGCAUAAAGUUCUGGUCUCAACUGAAGUUUGCAGAAGCAGCAGUCUGGUUACUUGCAGAGGUCCAAACAAAAGAGAAAGCGCAACCUUGUCAGUCAACAGACGGGGGAGAGAAAGAGCGAGAGAUAUGAUGCAAUGUUGGAAGUUCUUUUAUACAGCGACCAUCUUCUUCAACUCAACAAUGAUAAUGGAUGAGACUUUGUCUUAGAUUGAAUCCUACAACCUCAUUUUUCCUGAGAACGGCUGCUUGGGGUCGAGGCCUCCAACGUCCUUUAUUGGUAAAAAAUGGGACCUGUAACUUCAUAUUUGUAUUGGUCUUUCGGAUGUAUGGGACUUUCUUAUUAUAUCACACCAACGAUUCCCUUGGCUGUU